AUGGGACACGGCGCAAAUGAUAAACUCUAUAUCACGCACUCAGAGCACUCUGGGGCUCUGGGGCAACACAGUGCUUCAUCAGGACACAGAAAGAAAGCUGAAGCGCCUCAUCCAGGGAACCGCGUUCCAUUCGACUGCUGUGCAUUGUCGCUUCAGCCUUUCUCGCACCCUGUCUGUGCGCGCAACCCAGACGGAACAGGGACAGUGUUUGAUCUUGUUCACAUAAUACCAUGGCUCAAG